ACCCUGCAAGUUACAAGUACGAAUUUUGACCCUAUUUUUCUUCCUUUAAGCUGAUUGGUCAAUGUCAUGUCAAUCACAAAUUAAACAAUCCAAUCAGAGAACAGAUGGGUUUGGCUGUGGGGGGGUUGCUUUACGGACCUUCAGGUCCUGGAAGGGUAACACAGUUUGAAGAUGGAGGACGACGGUGGCGCUUCUGCGGCGCAGGAGCCAAAGACUGCAAUAGAGAAGGCUAUACUGAAUCUUGUGGGAAUUCUGUCAACUUCCCAGUCUGAUAUUAGGAGUGGAACUGCAACCACAUCUGUUACAGCAACAGUGCCUCAGCAAACCCCAAGAGUGAGCACCCAAAUAGAAAUGCAAAGGUCGUUUCCAGCAAUGUUUCAAAGAAGACAAUCCAAAGGAGAGAGGCCUUUCCCAGCUCCUAGUAAUGUCAUACAUGCAGUUCGCAACCUUCAGUUGCAAUUCUGUCUUUUGCCUGAUUCCACGACCAAAACCCCAAAGAAUGAAAUACAGCUUCUUCAAGCUGGACUUGGAAGGCGAACUCUCAGCAUAGCUGACAAUGCUGAUCAUGAAGAAAUUACUGUAGCUCUGCAUGAAGAGUAUCCGAAGAUGAAGGCCCUAACUGGUGGAUGGCUCUUGUAUAAAGCAGGAGGUGGUAGCGGACAGAGAAAUCUCUCUCUAGUACCUCAGGGAACACAAGGCUACACAGCCAAGACACUCAAGAUGGCCACCAACAAUGGAAAAAAUACACUUUAUAUUGUCCCUCUCCAAGAAAAAAUUGAUACUACACCUCUUCCACAUGAUGCUGCAGAAUUCAGCAAAAUGCCGAAGUCUCAGUGCAAGAAAUGUGGUGUGACUAUGCCUCUUCAGCUACUUGUUUGUCACGUAGAAAACUGUGUACAAGAAGCUGCGUGUGAAAGCAUGACUGACCAGGCACAUCAGAAUGAAGUCCAAUUGGAGCCUUCUUGUCCUGUUUGUGGAAAUCGUUAUUCUCCAGAUGACUUGGUCUUGCAUGCCAGUACAUGUGGUGAUCAUGAAGUGGAUGACCUGCAUCACACAGGACAUGAAGUCAGAGACACACUUCUCAAUUUUGCUGCUGAGAUGAACACUGACAUCCCAGCCAACAAUAAGGAAGAACAGUGGAAAAAGGCCAGUGAUCCCCAAGAUGCUGCAGUUUUGUUUAAGAGGCAUCUCUUAAAGGAAAAGGAGGAGAACCCCACAAUCACAGCUAUUAUUGACAUUCGACAAGAUCAAACAUCCCAGAGCCGAGAGAUCAUUGCUUUCUACAAAAGACCACAGAUUGAUUGGGCAGGGCCUUUUCGUUGUUCUUUACAAGGUGACACAGCUGUUGGCACUGGGGUCCAGAGACAUUUUUUCAGCAUGGCAAUGCUAAAGUUGCAACAUGGCUUUAACAUCCAUAGCAGUGCAGCCAACAUGACCCUUCUCUUUGAGGGACAAGAGAACCAUCUAGUGCCUUCUACUUCUCAGAUUUUGACAGACAGUGACUUAUUUGUGGUAGCAGGCAGAAUGAUUGGGCAUUCAUUUUUGAAUGAUGGGCCACGAUUGCAUGGCCUCAGCAAGGCUAUUAUUCACAUGUUGGUCCAUGCUGAUAGAGACACUGUCACUGUCCAGCUCGAUGAUGUGCCAGAUCUAGAUAUUCGUUCUACAAUUUGCAUGGUGAAUACCAAUUUACUUCAAGCCUUAGUGAAAUCAUAA